AUGAUUCGACGUCUUUUUAACAUCGAUCAGACAAAAUAUAGAUAUUUUUCUAUCAUAUCAUCAUCGCCCAUAAAGUUAAAUGCAACUAUGAAGAAACUCAUCGAAUCUCGACAAUAUAAAGAAGUUCUCGAUCUUUUUGAUCGACAAUCUCAAGUAUUCACAGAUAGCACACUUACCUUGGCUUUGAAAGCAUGUGCUAAACUAUGUGAUCGUGAACGUGGUAUUCGCAUUCAUCGGCAGCUAUCAUCACAAGCACUUCGAGAUUCUUUUACUCAAACAUCACUGAUUCAUUUUUACAUGCAAUGUCAUGACAUUGAUCAUGCUCAUCAGAUCUUUUCGGCCAUUGAUAGAAAGACAAUUUUUAUGUAUAGUGCAAUAUUCAAAGGUUAUAUCUCAAAUGAUAUGCCUGAAAAAGUACUCGAACUAUUUGAUGAAAUGUCAAUAGCACCCGAUGAAGUAAUUAUCACAAUAUUAUUCAAUGCCUGA